AUGAAUUCUAUAACUAAAGCACGUUUAGUUAAUCAAUUAAAUGAAAAAGAAUUACAAAGUGGUUCAGCUAAUACAAAUAAAAGUUGGCAUCAUGUUUAUCGUGAGAGUGCAUGGAUUUAUGUUGGUGGUUUAGAUUUUGAUUUAACUGAAGGAGAUAUUGUAUGUGUAUUUUCUCAAUGGGGUGAAAUAGUUAAUAUUAAUUUAUUACGUGAUAAAAAAACUGGUAAAUCAAAAGGUUUUGCAUUUAUCUGUUAUGAAGAUCAACGAAGUACAAUAUUAGCUGUGGAUAAUUUUAAUGGUAUUGAAUUAGCUGGUCGAGCAAUACGUGUUGAUCAUGUUAAAGAUUAUAAACCACCUAAAGAACAUGAAAAAGAUGAUGAUCUUAUUAAAACAUUGAAAGAACUUGGUUGUGCACCUGGAGUUGAAUUACCAUCUUCGUCAACACGACAAAAAGAUGAAAAACCUUCAACCCAUAUUAAACAAGAGCCGAAACGAUUUAAAAAAUAA